AUGCCUCGAAUACGCUCCAUCCUAAGUCGUUUAAUCAAACGAACUUCCAAAAGGGAUACAACCAUAGAUGGAAAUGCACCUACAGCUACACCUAUAGAGCCCAGAGCCAUGCACAGACUCUUCAAUGUCAUGGAACUCGUCGAAAACAUCCUCUUUCAGCAUGCCUGUGGCGAUGAGGAUGCUCGAAAACACGUCAUUACUAGUUGCAGGCUAGUCAACAGUUCCUGGAACGAUCUCAUCUCUCAAUCCCCAGCGGUUCGUAGCCUAACUUGGCAAUACACUCUAUAUUCCAAAGGAAAACGAGUCACCCCUCACACCCCAUUCGCGUCACUCGAACGCUACGUUAGCGACAAAUGGCAGCUCCUACAAUGCAACCUCUCUUACAUUAGACGAAAUGGAACCGGCGGUGAACCCUACGAUGUAGUAGCCAGACGGAUUGUUGGCAUGUACUUCAAACCAGCGACGGACCUCAGCCCGACAGUCGACUCUCCAAUCUUUGAGCCAAAUUCAAAGAUACAAUUCCUCAAGGUUACGAUAUAUGGGUAUAACAAUGGCCGCACUAUCUUUUUGAAAAAUGGGAAACUUCGAGGGAAGGGUAAUCUUACUAUUUCUCGACUCGACGGAAUAAUCCAUGACGCUCUCUUGGUUGAUGGGUAUGAUCUGACAACUCCAAGCCCGAGGAUUUGUAUCCAGCUUUUUUGGACGCCUCCGAUUCCUGGUUUAUCGAGUGAAAGGAACAUAAAUGGUCACCGAAAACCCCAUUCAAUCAGCUGCACGGUUAUUGUGGUGCAGGUGCAGAAUACUCGCGUUUAUAAUUUUAAAUGA